UUGUGUGCUGAGUGUUAAUGUUUUAGGAUUUAAUCCCCACCCACAAUGCUUCUGCCAAGAGCCGCCUCAAUCCCUAGCGAUUCCGUUUUGUUGUAGUAACAGACGCUGGGCUGAGAGAGGACCAUGGAUGAGUUUCAGGCGGGAGAGGAGGUAGCUUUUAUUGUUGACGAUGUAAGCACCAUCAUUAAAGAAGCAGUGGAAAAUACAAUUGGAGGGAAUGCCUACCAACACAACAAAGUGAAUCAGUGGACAUCAGCAGUAGUGGAGCAAUGUCUCAAUCAACUCACCAAAUUGGCCAAGCCUUUUAAAUACAUUGUAACCUGUGUUAUAAUGCAAAAGAAUGGAGCAGGCUUGCAUACUGCUAGUUCAUGCUUCUGGGACAAUUCUGUCGAUGGAAGCUGCACUGUCAGAUGGGAGAACAAGACCAUGUACUGCAUUGUUAGCAUCUUUGGCCUUGGUGUCUAGAACUUCAGUUAUUGCUGCAUUUUGUCUGCAAACCAUCUUUUAUGUCUAUUAUACCAAAAUGCAUUACUUAAGAGCUGACUUUUGUCAAUAACUAAUACCGAAUUUGCAUUUGAUAGUGAAUCUUACUCAAAAAAUGACUAAUGAAAAUUAAUGCAAUACAACCUGAUUUGGAUUUUAAA